UCAAAUUCACGACGGAUAUCAUGUAUUUUAAAUUUCAAGCGGUUUUAGUGUUUUAUAGCGUGGUUUCGAAAGGACUUACUUUUAAUGUUACAGACGGGCCAUGCAGUGCAUGUGAAUGUUGUAGAUCAUCAAAGUGUGCGAGUGUAACUCGGGGCGAGGAGAAUCACCUCAAUGUGUGUUUGGACGGCUGCCUGUCUGACUACUGGGGCCUUAACUGCACUUCUAGAUGUCCGGAACACUGUCAGGAAUGCGACCAAACCCUUGGCUGUGUGAAAUGCAACCCUGGGUUCACCGGCCCAAACUGCAACACUCGGUGCUCUAGGGGCAACUGCUACUGCAACACGACGCAAGAAUGUGUCUCUUGUCCAACAGGAUUUCAUUUGCAGGGCGGCGAGUGUCUUCCGUGCCGUCGGGGCUGUCGUAGCUGCUCCUCGUACUUUCGAUGUGACCUUUGUCAGCCUGGUAGGUUCGGCGCAUCUUGUGAUCGAAUUGUUAAUGUAACAAAUCAUUGCUACGUGAGAGAAGGAUUUUACAAACAGUACUGCUGGUCAUGUGAAAAUGGAUAUUACAACACCACGUCAUUAUGCAACUCUGUAUGCCCCUCAGCAUGCGUUUCCUGUGAAUCACGGUCAAAUUGUACAUCUUGCGUCGACGGUUUUUACGGAAUAUCUUGUCAAUAUCAAUGCGGCGCAGGCUGUAGGAAAGGGAGUUGCGAUAAAACCACAGGAUUUUGCCGGUGUAAUACGAACUUUAUUGGCCAUAAAUGUGAACGAUGCGUUAAUGGAAAAAUAGGUAGAAAUUGUAACAAUUCAUGUCCAACGCAUUGCAUUUCAUGUCAUGAUAGUCAAUGUCUUGGAUGUGAAAGAGGUUGGUAUGGCGAUCAAUGUCAAAACGCGUGUUUAAAGCAUUGCACUUCAUGUCAUAAUGGCUAUCAAUGUCCAGCCUGCGUUCAAGGCUACCACGGAGAUCGUUGUCAAUAUAAAUGUGCGAUAGGUUGUGAACUCAAGCAAUGCAAACAAAGCAAUGGUUCUUGCUCUUGUAAACCAAAUUUUAUUGGCGCAAAAUGUGACCAAUGUAUUUUGGGAAAGUAUGGUCCGUUAUGCCAAUUUGACUGCCCACACGGUUGUUUGAAACAGUGCAAUAAAUACACUGGCCAAUGUGAUGAAUGCGUCCCGGGCACCUUUGGUGAAAAAUGUGAAUACCUGUGCCCUGGUAAUUGCAAUGGUCCAUGUGACAAGAAGAGUGGUUCCUGUAGAAAUUGCUUAGGAAAAUACACUGGUAUACAUUGUGAUGAGGUAUCGCCAGCGCCCGCAAAUAACCCGUGUAGAGAGACCUGCAAGUCCAACAUUUGUGAUCACGACACGGGGUAUUGCAAGCUUGGCUGCAUUACAAACUACUUCGGCUCAAAAUGUGAACAUGUUUGCCCCACCAAUUGCUCCGCCAGCCAAAUCUUCCUAAGAUGUUCGGACGACAAUCGCGGUUGUGACUGGGAAUGUGUUAACAAAGUGUCCUCAGCAGCCUGUUAUAAAGGUUUUCAAAGUUAUGUCAGCACACACGAAAGUGUUGCGGUACUAGCAACCCUUGGCUCUCUCCUAAGUGUCAUUGUAGUAGCAGCACUUGUGUUUAGAUUUUGGAUGUUUAACAGGAAAGUGAAGGCACGUCCGGUAGGCAAAACGAACAAUGAUCACGACAAUUACGAUCAUGGGACUCACCUGUAUGACAGUCUUGGCUCAGUAGGAGGAUAUGCCAAUAACUUACAGGAACUAGACCUCGCGAGAGAAAGGAGUGUUUCGACAAUCUCAACGAUUUACGGCUGUGCUCGCUUAUCAGAGAUGAAGGAUCAACACGUGAACAUUGGUCGGCCUUCUGGAAAUUCUGAGUCAUAAAAAUAUUUAAUUAAAACAGUAUUUUUUCAUAUAAUGUUAAUGUAUCAGCAUAUUACAAGUAUAAAGGAAAACAAUAAAAGACAUAUCUAAGAUCUAAGAUUAAGACUUCUCUCUUCGAUUCUUUUUCAUGACAAACCCAUUAACAUAUGCAGAUGAAGCACACUCUGAUUCGGAACGAUUCAUUUAUUUGGCAUAUAAUUAUAUUUUUGUAUUGAAAAAUAAAUAUUAUUAAUCAGACGUAGGGUAUAUCGUUAUUUAAGUGCAGCUGUGUCAAACGACGAUUAAAACAUAGAACCUUGGAGGAGACUGGAUUUAUUUUUGAUAUGUUUUAGUAUAAAGUGUUUGAAUGCUCAUAAAUCAGAAGUACAUAUGUGUUUCAAGUUUACUUUGUCAUUUUAAAAUAGCAUUUGUAGGAUAAUGUGUGUAGUGUUGAGGGCUUAGAAAAUAUUCAAUACCAAGCAAUUUUCCUUUUUUCCCGACUUAUAUAAGGCAAUAACGCCAAACGGUAUUGAUAUUGAUAUUGUUCUUUGUAGUGUGGGUUGUCUUCUAUCUCUCUUGUUUACUUAUCAGUUGAUGGAGCUAUUUUGGAGCAUGUGUGGGUUGUUAAUGGUGUUUGGUUUUGGGUAUGUGAUGUUUAUACGUUUUUAUCUCUAGUGGAAGAUUGUUUGUGUUUUACAAUAAUUUCUAAAUAUUUUUUUUGUAAUAUACGUUUGUCUGACUAAACAAACGAACGGGGUUUCACUUUUUCGAAAAUCUUUAUUUUAAUAAAGGCGGAAACCGUUUUGUGAUUCUAAAUAAUGUGUAUAUUUACUACAUCGCCAAUACAAUGGGACAGUUUAUCGGCUGUUGCCUCUGCGAUUUAACGGAUGAACUUCAAAAGUAUACCUUUACAUCAUUUGCAAUUGGAGAACAUAAACAUCUUAACGCACAAUCGUGUAUGUAUAUGAUAUUUAUUUUGUUACUAUUGUGUAUUGUUGUGAAUAAUGUAAAAACUGGGUUUAGUUUUAGUAUGUUGAUAUAUUAUAUAUCAAUUAAUUCGUUCGCAGACGAUUGAUUGCAAGAAUAUAUUACAUUGAU